AGAUCAAUGUCGUUGCAAGUGACGGCCGUCUGCUGCACAGCGCAGCGGACGUCUCUACGCCACGCCUAUGUACUGGAACCGACGAUGACACAACGCAGCCACAACACACACAGCUGAUCACCCAACACCUACAACCGAAGUCACAGUCAGUACCAUCACCAGACACACCACCACAACGACGUACACAUACACACACACCACCACAACGACGUACACAUACACACACACCACCACAACGAUGUACACAUACACACACACCACCACAAUCACACACACAAACACAAACACACACACGGGCAGACAGAUCAAGCAACACUGAUGGCCAAUCGCAGACUGCGAAUAACCAACCAGUGGCGCUGGAACAGCCGGGUACGCAGACUAAACCACACACACAGCACCAAACACACACAGAAUCACAUGCACAACAACAACCACCGACACAUACAUACUCACCCUCACAACAACCAACUCAGCACACACAUCAACAACAUCCAUCACCAUCUCAAGCACAGUCAACCGCACCGCCACAACAGCGCGCAGCACAACAACCACACACACGCACACACCACAGACCACCUGCCAACGGCUAUCUUACGUUUGAUUGGUUCUCGUGCGUGGAAGGUCGCGGCACUGAGCUGCACUACACCUGGGUGGAAUCUGAUGUCCCUCCGCAGAUGAGUCGCAAUACACCACAGCCGAGUGAUAAGGGCAACAGCACCAAACAACGCAACAACGGACCACGCAACGGCAAAGGAACCAAGCGCAAUGGGCGCACCAUGUAUAGCAACAGAGACUACCCACGCACAGCCAGAGAACAGCAACCCACCGUCAGGUGA